AGAGGCACGGGAGCCGCCGGAAACCGUAGGGCUGGAGGCCCGGCGAGAGGAAUGGCGUCCAGCUCCGGCGCAGGAAGGGCCCUUCCGAACCCAGCCAGGAGUAGGAAGUGCGUCUACCGCCUUCUCCCUCACAGGAAACGCCUCGCUCUGAGCCCCGCGCCGGGAAGCGCUCUCCGGUUUGAGUCCCGGUCCCCGGCGUCUCUGCACAGGCACCUGAAGCCCGCGAGAAGUCCAGCAGUGUCCGCAGAGUACCAGGCGCGCCGGCCGGGCGUCCUGGAAGAGCUCUCCGCGGGCUGCGGGAGGCCAGCGGUCUCUGUUGCGGAACGCGGACAGCAACGCGGACAGCGAGGGAGGUGACCAGAUCCUGGCCUGAAACCACCUAAGCAGACACUUAUUUGAAGAUUUCAAAGAUUUUAAGAGUUGUAUGUGAGAAAACAGGGACAAGUACCAACACAUAUUUCACAAUAUAACAGGAGAUGAACAUUUGGAAAAAACAUUUCUGAAGUAUAGAACUCAGCCAAGUGACCUUUUCUCUAGCUUCUAAGCUCAACAUGUAUGAAGGUUUGCCGGGCUCCAUUUCUGAAAAUGAACACAGUAUCCUGAAAGUGAAGAUAGAAGACACCACCUGCGAGCAGGCGUAUGGCUCACAGGAGCAGAGCUCCCGCACUCAGGAACUCUGCCGACUGCAGUUCCGGCAGUUCUGCUACCAACAGGCUCCUGGGCCCCGGGAGGCUUUGGCUCAACUCCGGGAGCUCUGCCGUCAGUGGUUGCGGCCAGAAAUGCACAGCAAGGAGCAGAUCCUGGAGCUGCUGGUGCUGGAGCAGUUCCUGGCCGUCCUGCCCGGGGAGCUGCAGGCCUGGGUGCAGAUGUAUCCUCUGCAGAGUGGGGAGGAGGCCGUGAGAGUGCUGGAGAAUCUAGCAGCAGGACGUGGAGACACAGGACAGCAGGCCUCUUUCUACAUUCAGGAACAAGAUAUGCACCUAGUGGUGACAGACUAUCAAGGAGCCUCUUUGGAGAGUCACAGCCUCCAGCUCCUUCCCAGGGUAACCACCCUGCCAAGCGAACCUCCACAGCUCCCCCAAGAAGGACCAACCUUUCUCCAGGAAGAAAGCUCUAGAGAGAAGGCAGAAGAGCCUGAGUGUAGCCCGCCCUGGGUCCAGAUGUCGGUGAAGACUGAGGAAGAGCCAGCCCAGGCUUCUGCACUGGUAGAGUGGCCACGUCUGAGUCUGGCUCCAAGGAACCUCUGUGGGAACUCGGCUCAGGAGACGGCUACAGGCCUGAUGAAGCAAAACACCUGUGAAGAAAUAGGACCAGGUGUCAAGACCUCAGAAGUACCCAGCAGGAAUUGAACCCAGGACCUCACCAUGCACUCUACCACUGAGCUACACCAUCAGUCCCUAAAAUGGAAAUCUCUUUCAAGUUUAAUAAGAGAAUUGAAAUUUUUAAUUAAUUUCAUUAAUCAGAGCCCUGUUCUACUAAAGGAAGAGGCACGGUGUUUGGUGACUAAGCACAGGGCUAUAACUGGAGACUAGACAUGGGUCUGAAACCAUGAUUCACACUGCUGUAAGAAGAAGAUAUCACCCAGGGCAUGGUAGCAGACUCAGGAGACAGAGCCAGUAAGAUUGCAGGUUUUGGGGUGGGGAUUAGCUCAGUGGUGCCGCCACCUGCCUCAAAAGCGCAAGGGCCUGAUGUGGAUCCCUGGUACCACCGACAGAAAAAAACAAAAAGAUUGCAGGUUGCAGCUCAGUUUACACUGAGUAAGACCUUGUCUCAAAGAAGGCUGUUGAGGUGUGCUGCUUGGGCUGCACAGUGAGGCCUCUCUGCAAGGAAAAGGACUAAAUGGGCCGGGGACUUAGCCCAGUGUAGCCAGCACCUGCCUUUCGAGCACAAGGUCCUGAGUUCGAUCCCCGGUACCAAAAAAAGGGGACUAAAUAUGUAACUCAGUACCACAGAAAAUGAAUACAAGUACAACUUUAAAAGGAUUGGAAAUAUAGGGAGGUGCUGUAAUGAUUACCUAGCAUGUUUCAGGCCUUGGGUUCAGUCCCUACUGCAACUAAACAUAAUAAAUAUACCUUGCUCUUUCACAUAACAAAAUGCCUGGGGGUAGGCCGUGGGUGUGGUGUAGUGACUCUGCCUGUGUCAGCGAUCCAGCCACCUGCAGAUCCACACCUCUCUUCUGGUCCCUUCCCGGCCCACUUCCUUAUCCCAUUUCCCACUCCCAGAUCCUUCCCAUACCGUAUCGUAUCAGGCUUAACCCGUUUCCCAUUUGCCUCAAGAGUGUUCCACAAUGGCACUUGUGGGUGUGAGAUAACUUGUAGAUUAUAGGCCUAACCUAACCCCUCAAAUUUGCCCCCUAGUACUGCAUUUUUCUUAUUAUUUUUGGAUCACUUUAAUGUAUGGAUAGCCUUUGGGAACAAAAUACAUUAUUUAUAGGAUUCUGGUUUUAGUAGUGAUAUUUCCACUUAGGAAAUUUGCAGAUUCUUAAUUGCUGAAAAUGUCAAAUCCCAGAAAAUGUAGCAUUUCUACAUGUGAUGUUAACAUUGUUCUCAAACAGUUGUCAGCUAAAGAUUCAUUUGAUGAAUCUAAUUUUUCCAAAGUAGAUAAUUCUGAUGAAUUUUUGGAUAGUGGUUCAUAAGGUAAUAUGGUAAGGCCCCUGUCCAAUUCAGAAUCUGUUGGAAAUAGCCCCACAUCACCUAACUUGGGUUGCACUUUGAAAUAAAUGGUCAGCUCAUGUUAUAAUUCCAUGUCAGAGGUGUGACUUUACCAGCAUACCUGGCAGAAAAGUUGAUGUCAGAUACUUCUGACCCACUGCAGUAUUUUGAACUCUUCAAAAUAUUGAACUACUGAGGAAUUAGUUUGAAAAAUCAUGAGUGAAACAAAUUCCCAGGCUGCCUUAUUGGCUGCAGAACCACCUGGUCCAGAGGGAUAUUUGGAAUGGCUAAAUUGGAAGACACUGACAAUAACGAAUUGAAUGUCUUUUUUGUAAUAAUGUUACUGCGAGGUAUUCUGUAGAAACCUGAGCUGGAGAUGUUUUGGUCAACAGUAUCUCUUUUGGAUAUGCCUUAUCUCAAGCAAAUUAUGACUGGUAAAAGGUUUUUACAUUUGCUUUACUGUCUGGAUUUUGUCAACAACUCUUCCAUAUCUGCUGGCCAAUCAAAGGCUCAGACUUCAUUGCAGAAGAUCAAAUCUGUUUGACUUUCUUGUAAGUUUUCAACUGGGUAUACUCCAACAGAAAUGCUGUAGUUGAUGAAUUGGUGCUCUUCAAGAGGUUGUUAGCUACGGAGCGGUAUAGCCUGACGAAAUGAACAGGAUUUGUUCAUCAAAGCCAUAUGCAUUUUGUGACAGCCAGUGAGCGAGGCACUUAUUUACACAGGACCCUUAUGAAUUUGAGAUUCAGCUGACGGUGUGAAAGUAUUCACAUUGUUCUUACAUUGGUCAGUGACCUUCUUGGCUAUGAAGGAUAGCUAUCUAAGGAUACUGUGUCUUCCUCGGUAAUGUUUAUACGUCUCCUAUACUUUUCAGAGAAUUGUAUCAAAACAGGACUGAGGCAAUUGGGACAGCUCCUUUGAACAGAAAAGAUGCCAAAUGAUCUAAAAAAAAGGAUUGCCAAGGGGACGACUGUAAGCCAGAUUCUGUGAUGAAUUUGUGUCACUGAAAUGGUUUGACAAAAAGGUAGUAACAGUUCUGUCAACAUUCUGCAACAAUACUGUGAUUGAAAUAGAUGGCAGCAGUGAAAACUAAAGAGCCAUUGUUAAUAUAACGAGAGUGAGACCAAUGAGCUCAGCUGAAUGGAUGUUUAACUUUCAUCCCACUGAGCGCAAAAGGUACAAGGUUUGGUAUACCAAAUUCUUUUGCCACCUUCUAAACAUUACAUUGCUGAACUCCUAAAUCUUGUUCAACAAUCCUGAGCACAAGAAUCAGCUAUGUAAACUUCAGACUGACUAAGGAAUGCUGGAGCAGGAUCACAAGCCAGGGCAGCCUCUUCCAAGUUGUCCAUGCUCUGAUACCACACUUAUUCACCUAUCUGGAAGACAUUUCCCCAAGAGCAUACCACCAACAUCAGGAAAACAGGAUACAGUUGGUCGCUGCAAAGUUUGCUGCUUGCACUACAAUGAUGGCAAGAUUUGGAGAUAAAUGUGCUAUUUUUGUACAGAAUGUGAUAUUCUGUUUUCUGGUGUUCCAUGGUUUGAAAUUUAUCAGGCACAAAAAAAUUUAUUAAAUACUGAUCAUCGUAUGCAUUUCUGUUACCCUAUGAUUAGAAACAAAUUCUGUUUAGAAAUAACUCCAAAACCAAGUUUUAUAGUUUAUUUUUUUCAAUGAAAAGUUAGAUUUGUUUCAGCCUCAAAGUGUGUGUUUAUGUACAAUUAAAUAAACUCUGGCAGUGAACUGCCGUUUUCCUAAAUGGGAAAUGGAUUAAUGCACUGUAGCUCUUGGAGUUCAGAUUCCAGCACAGUGUGAAAACACAGUGUGCUGACCAGAUUCAGGGAGAUACCUGGACUUGAUGAUGUUGGGAGCCUGUGAUGGAGUUGAGUAGGUAUGCACAAAGACCUUGAAGACACUCAAGAGGAUGACUGCUUUAUUUUAUUUAUUUAUUUAUUUUUUGGUACUGGGGAUUGAACUUGGGUCCUUGCGCUUGCAAGGCAGGCGGCGGAACCACUGAGCUAAAUCCCCGGCCCUGAGGAUUACUGCUUUAGUAAAUAAACAUUUAGUAUAAAUUA